GGACGGUAACCUUUCUUUCGGUGAAUACUAACAAACCCAGCGGGCUCCAUGGGUACCAGCUGCGGCUUUACAAGGCUAAACCGAGCCGUUCACAAGGCCAGGAGAAUUUACCACAACACGAUUGGGACAUGUCAGAAAGUUCUUCAGGUGUGAAUACUCUCAGUGGCAGUUUCCCCAAAUCCCACUCGUCCCAGUACUCAGACCUCGGGGUUACACGUCGCACACCUCUCUCUGUGGACCAGAGUCCUGAUUCUGGACUUGUAGCUACACCUCUUCCAUCAAAUCGGUUCCGGUUUGUGUCGUGGAAUCGCCUGGAGCAGUGUGAUGUUACGGGUGACCAGCUGACCUGCCCCAGGGUCAGAGAAGGGCCAUCAGACGAGGAGCUGUUUGAGCUGCUGAGAGAGGGGGAUGAUGUAUGUUUGGAGAGAGGGAGGAGAAGAAGGAGAGAGGAGGAAGGACAACGUUGGGAGGAUAGACUGCAAGAGAAUUGGGAAAACUGUCUGGAGUUAAAUCUGUCCUACCAGGACUUGGGUGACCCCUUCCAGCAAGAGAAUUUCCUCCGGAUCCUCUGCCGGUUGAUCCGCGUGGAGAAACUACAGCUGGUUGACAACUCCCUCACAAACCUAAGUUCUAUACGUCUGCCAAGGUGCAGAAUGCUAAACCUGCACCGUAACCACCUGGUGUGUCUCCGUCAGCUGCCAAAGCUCCCAGCAGUGGAGCACCUCUGUCUGUCUGAGAAUGCCAUCGGCUCCCUGGGGGGACUGGGAGCUCUGGGGAACAGCCCGCUCCGCUCCCUCAACCUGACCCACAACCCAGUGACCUUCACUCAGGACUACCGUGCACGUGUUUUCCUCUGUUUGCCAAAGUUAGAGAUCCUGGAUGGAAUCCCCAAGCUGCCAGAAGACUCUCUGCUCACUAGACUACAGUUCCCAGAAACCACCAGGAUGUGCAGCAUUUUAUGACAUUCUCUCCAUGGAUGGACGUCUAUGGAGUCAGAUCUUCCAGUCCUACAACACUUGAAGCAAUAAAAAGGCUUCAAGCAAAGUACUCUACAGCAAACUCUGAAGCUGCACUACAGGUUCGAUAGAGCUGAUCAAUGUAUUUACACAAAUUGUGUUGCCGAAAAAUAAUGCUGUCACAGGAAAUGUAAUGAUAAUGUGCUCCAAGGCCAUGCAAAAUACUUUUUAUGUAGCAAAAAUUGAGACUAUUUUUAUACACUCUAUCCACAUAUUUUGAUAAUAAAUAGAAAAAACUAUAGUCUUUUACCUGUGUUUUGCAUCCAUUUGUGUUCAGAUUUUAAAUGAAUGUGGUGCAGUACAGAGAUUGAAUGGUUGUGACGAACUUUGGCUCUGAUGGAGGGAAAGACAAGAAGAAUAAUCAGAUCGCUACAUGACUC